AUGAGUGAAAAAGCGAGUAAUAAAGUGACACCUAAACCUUCCUCUUUAGAAGUAGAUCUCCCUGGUGUCGGUCGGUCCGGAACAAUUUCUCCAAAAUCUAUUAAAAAUCCGUCUAAUCUGUCACAAUCUCCUCGCAGGUUUUCUUCCUCUUCAACCCGCAGCUAUGAAACCAACGAUUAUUUUUCAGCUUCGUCUUCUCCUGUAAAUCAGCGGGUAUCUUCAGCAAUGUCUUUAUACGGUAGAG